UGCGAAUAAUAAAAACGCGAUCGCGAAAUAAAACAUAGGAAUAAGUAGAUCGAAGAUGUUAAUCAAAUCGAAGGAAAGAAGCUUUCAAGCCCACGCAACAUAAAGAGCGAAUGGAGUUUAACUUCACGAAUACUUUUUUUUUUUGCUUUUCUAACGUUUUUCUUCUUUUUUUCUAUUUCUAAGUAAAGUGCCUCGUUAUUGCAUUUACUACGAUGACGGACAGUCGAUAAUGUAAUCUAGUAAAUUUUCUUGAAAAAACAAAUUGGAAUCGUUUAUUCUGGUUUUGAUAACUUUUCGUGCCUGUGAAAAUGACAGAACCUCUACCGAUUCCUGGUGAGUACGGAGAAGCGGAAGAGAAUCCUCUCGGUCUGUACGAAGGCGAAAGAAAUGAACAAGGCGAUCGUCAUGGAUUCGGAAAAGCUUUAUUACCCAAUGGAGAUAUGUACAUUGGCCGAUAUUGCGAAGGACUAAGAAAUGGCAAAGGAAUCUACGUAUUUAAGAAUGGUGCUCGAUAUGACGGCGAAUGGAGGCAGGGACUUAAAUAUGGCCAAGGGACUUUUUGGUACCCCGAUGGAACGCGAUACGAAGUAUUACGUAAGGUAGAUAAAGGACGAAAGAAAGAAAAUGAUAAAGAUCUAAAAGGAGAAUAUCGUUCAAUAGGCGACUGGAAGCGUGAUACUAAAUAUGGAUUUGGCGUGUAUUUUUACGAGAAUAAAGAUGUUUACGAGGGUUCCUGGAAAAAGAAUCUUCGUCAUGGUUUGGGAACGUAUCUUUACGCGGCAACCGGGACAAAAUUUAUGGGUACUUGGAUCAAAGAUCGUAUGCAAGGCCCCGGUCAGCUCAUUCACCCUCGUCAUCGAUAUCACGGCUUUUGGGAAUUGAAUUUGGUAAUGCACGCGAAUAUAAUCGAUACUGUAAAUCUCCUUUUUUUUUUUUUCCUAAAAUUAUCUUAUAACAGCCGUACGGACGUGGUUGUUUUACCUUCGAAAAUGCCUGCAUGCAACAUGGACAUUACGUGCACCUACGAGAUCCUAAUUACGAGCAAACCGAGGAGGAUGAAGUUGGGGAUCUUGAUACGAGAUCAAUUUUCUAAUAAGACUAUGGACGUAGAGGCAAGGACGGAUGAAGAAACAAUCGAAGAUAAACUUGCGGAAGAAACACCAUUCGAGCCCGUUCCAUUAAAGAAAGGUGUUCUACCUGUAUGGCGUGCACGUUGCAUCACUCCAUAUAAUUCCGAAUUAUUGCCACCGGAACCGGUACCUUUGCAGGAAGAGGUAUCGUUGCAAUCCUUGACAGACAAGUGUCCUGACGAGCCUUGGAUGGAACCGGAGGAAUAUUUAAAAUAUCAUUACGAUGAAGAAGAAGAGUAUGAAAAUGCAGAAGGUUUCCCAAUAAGGCCAUCCGAUUUGACUACUCAUCUAGAUGUAUAAAUAUGCAUUUGCUCUUCGAAAUAUAAGUAUUAAAAUGCUAUGGUAUCAUGACCAUAACUUUUCUUCUCUUCUUUUUCUUCGUUCGUAUUGUUAUUUUUAUUUAGUGUUUCUCGUUUGCCUUGUUUUUUUUUUUUUUUCUUUUUUUCUUUCGAUCUUACGGGCAAAUCCUUGAAUUAUUUAUACUACGAAGUAGUGCUAUACUACAUGGCUUGUAACAUUUAGAAAUAUUUUGUAUGAUAUGAGCGAAGAAUAGUACGAAAUAGAUUGAUUACGGCAAAGAUAAUAUUUAGUUUUCUUUUUUUUUUUUUUGUCAUUGUUUUUCUUAUAUUAUGUUUAUCAUAUGUUAUCAUAUUUUUCAUAUUAAUGUUAAUAUAAUAACAUAGUAGCAGCAUAAUAUAAUAAAUUGUUACAGUAUAAUAUAUAAAGCUAUUUUAAAUAUUUGCAAUACAUGUGAGUAUAGCAUAAUAUAUUUAGGUGCGUUUGAUCUCAUAAGUAUUAUCUUUAUGGUGAAAAAGAAAUUCCCUGAAAUUAUACAAUUAUUUUAUGAAAAUAUAUUAGCUUACGUUUUUACGAUUACGAACGUAAAGGAAUAAGAAAAACCAGAUCAAUGAACUUCGGCAUUGCAAAUAACGCAUUAUAAAGUAACAACGCGCUGAAAGGAUAAUACGAACGGUUAAUUUUAAGCCGUUUAUUUAGGAAAUUAUAAUAAGAAAUGUGAGUAAGUGCUUAUAAUGCACGAUAUAAUAGGGAUCAUUUUUACAGAUACACACUGUUUUCGCAUAAAAUAUAUGUUUACCAGGAUAAUAGUGUAAAGUUAUAAUUAGCAAUAAAUGCAAUGCGAGUAAUAUACUCGUUCGUAUUAGCGUGCGUUCAAAUCACAUUGUUAUGUAUGUACAAAUUUAGCCAGCUUCAUCCAACAUUAAGUUUUUUAUGCCGAAGAUACACUUAAUUAUACAAUAAAAAGCACAAGCUUGUUCAAUGUUCAUUCGCAAGCACGUGUUUUAGUCAAUCGACAUAGUAAUGAGAUUACAUUUUUUCUUUUUCUCCAGGAUAAUUAAUUUUAUAACUUAUUUAAUAGGAAGACAAAGUAGCUAAAGAUGUAUGAAAGUGGAAGAGAUGUUAUAACGUUAUAUGCCUAUAAUACAUUAUUCUUAAAUUAAUGGUUCCUCCACUAUGCCUAAAUACCAAUUUGAUAUACCGUAUUUAUUUCCAAAAUCGUACGGUAUCAAUAAUUAUUGGCUUUAUAAUUGUCUUAUGUUUCGAGAUAUCGAUAAAACUUAUUUUAUACCAAUAUCUUAAUUUAGAAAAUUUGAAAUCUUGAAGCGGUAUAGAUUAUAGGAUAAAGGUCGCUGUACAGAUUACAUCUGACUGCAUUGACGAUGAAGGCCCAAUGGAGGUCGCUAAAGGUUUAAAGGACGGAGGAGAGGGCAAAAGAAUAUAAAGUUAACGCGAAAUAUCGCAGUCUUUUUUACCGUAAGUAAUAAGUCGUGUCACGCCUAAGUGAAGAUCUUUGUUCUUUUAUAAUUAUCUUAUGAUCAUUUAAGAACAGCUACCGUUUGUCGUUGAAAAGAUUGUAAUAGUGUUAUCAAUAGGGCAUUUUUAAUGCUAAUAAAGUGUAUUAGGGACGUAAGAGAUCGAAUAUUUCAAGUCGAAGCAUAUGCGAGACGUAACGCGAGAUCGUAGAUAUCACUUUUACGCUUUAAUUCAAAUACGAUUAUCGUAUUCACCUUUUUUCCUGUAUUCAAUACUACACUGCAGUAACAAAAUACUUUUCCCUACGAUCUUGCUUUCUCUUGGCACAAGAUUAAGAUCCGUGUUUAUCACGAAAUAUCCACAACCUAAAGUGAUUAAAGCGUUUUUUUCUUUUCUUGCAUAAAUCGAUCAGCCACUGGCAAAUUAGGAGUACGUAUAUCUUUUACACCAUUAUCGAUUAAAGAUUUGUAAACAAAUUAUAAAUUAGAAAUACAAUGAAUAUGAGUAUUUAUAAUUAAUGUAUUGAUAAUAUUGAGAACUUUUUCAUAACCAACCUCCAAUUCAUCAUAGUCCGAGAAGUGCAAGUAUUUAGUGAUAUUUCUAACGCGCAAAUAAUCUGUGCAUAAGUUGUCGUUUAAGUAUCUCAGGUACAUAAACGUGGACGAAUUUUUUGUGCCCCAAUAUUGAGUGACUUCCGUCAACAGAUGUCUUCCUGUGUGCACUCUCAUUUUUUUGCUCCCAAAAUGCCAAAAAAUUUAACAAUUCUUCGUUUCUUUUGAAAUUAUUAAUAUUUCUUACAUAAGAUCAGGCGGUGGCCUUUGGAACGCAAUACUGGCUACAGAAAUACUGCAAAGACCGGCUGUUAUAACACCCAGACAUAUAUAGACAGAGGUUAUCAACCAAAAGGCAAAUAAAUAUAAAGUUUUGUUGCAAUAUUUGCCAAGGGAUGGAUCAUAAUUUGGUUCGUAUUCCUUAUAUACCCACAUGGAACCUAUUAAAUGAUAAGAAAUUCAACAAUGAUAUGACACUGUUAAAAUUGGCUUAGUACAAUACACGGUUGAAGAUUUCAAUAAACUUGCCUACCAAUGAUAAACCAGCCCAGCAUGAAGCAAUUGAUCAAUGUUUGUGUUGGCGACUGUCUAAUCCUUUCUUCAUCUCUUUCUUCUUGUCGCUGUCUUACACGUGCAGAUAAAUGUAAUAAUUGUUUAAAUACACCAAAUCCUCCACCUACUAAUAAAUAAACGGGUAUGUAUUCACCCUGUGGACAGUCGUAAAGGUACAAUGCUCCAAUGAUCAUCAUGCAUAUUGGAACUACGAUUGUCACACCGAGAAUAAUAGUGCAUCCAACUGGAACAAAGUGAAUAGUAUAUAUUGUCCAAGAUAAAGAACUUAUUAAAGGUCCAUUACUAAGGCGAAAACAAUUUAUCACCUACUUGUACCCACAAGAAGAACGAUUAUAUUUUUUAAGAAAUCAAAUACACCUUUGGAGACUUUAUGCGCCUCCCUCAUCCGACCAAAUAAUGAAUCAUAUGAAGGAGGAGGUGCUGAAACAAAAGUCUGAUUAUCAUUUAUGUUUGUCUCAAUGAAUGAUCACAUAAAUAUUGAGAUUUUUUUAUGCAACAAAAAUUGCAUUUAGUUGUACGCACCAUUGGGAUCUAUGGCUUCUUCAUAAGAAGGCGGUGCACCACGAUCACUAGGUAAUGUAGAAUGAUGUCCAAGAGGUAAAUUAAUGUUAUGAUAUGAUGGAGGUGGAGUACAGCAAGUUGAUGUCACAUGAACAGAUGUACCAGGAUUUACACUUUCUGUAGUGUCGGUAGAUAUAUUAUGAUUCGUUGGACUCAACGGCAUUUCUAUCCUAAUGUUUGAUGCGUGAUUCCAACACAUAUAUUUUGCAUUAAAAAUAUUUAAGGACUUGGUUAUAUUAGAGACAUAUAACAACAAAUGCUUGUAUAACCUAUAAGCAAAGAGAUUCGAUAUAUUGAUAUCUAUGUUUUAAUUUAUUAUUUAGUUUUCAACAUGCGUAUGCAAUAUUAAAGAAAACAUAAUAAUGUGCAUGUGACGUGGAAACAAUUAAACGAGCUUUAAAUUAAUGAAAAAUCUGCUCGAUCGUUCGAUAUAAUAACUAGUAUCAGAAAAAUGACAUUGACAUUGUCAAAUUUAAUACGUACUUUACAAGAAUGAAAGGGGAAAAAAAAAAAAAAAAAAAAAUUGUAACAAUUAAAGUGACAAAUGAAUUUUCAAUAUAAAAAUAAAAUAAAGAGUUAUUAAAGUUUUCUUAUACGUACGCGAUAAUUGCUAUUCCCGAAAAAAGCGCAGGAAGAGACGUAGGAGGGGGAAAAAAAAACAAUGAGAAUACGAUUUUCGGUAAAGUUAUAAAAGGCACAACCAACAACAAUACUAUUUAAAAGAUCUAAUACAGAUUUGAAAAAGAAAACUAUCUUUCGAGAUUGCCCUUAAAAAUUGUCACACCCCCGCUUUGAACCGAGGCGAAACAAUCACAUUGCAAAUUCUGACAUCUACAUCUGUUCGGUUCGAUCUUUCUUCUAUUCGAGUCGCUCAAGAAUAAGAGCGUAAUGUCUUCGUUUUCCCUUAUUAACUUCGGCACGAGAUUAUUAUUUUCUAACGAUAACAUUGACUCUCCGGUAACUUAAGUUUGCGCCAUGACGGACCAUGUGCGGUGCACGAAUCGAACUUAAAACAGUACAUCGAGUUAUCGAUAUUUUCGAUAAAGAACAUGCUUCUCGAUGCGAUAUCGAUAGAAAUCAUAUCAUGUAGUAUACACGCACAUCCAAAUAUGACUAUAAAAAGGAUUUCAAAAUGAGCAUGAGAAGUUCGUAGUAAUCGACAAAGUUAAAAGUGUUAUUCGAAAAAUAAAUAAUUAUUGAAAUGUAUUCAUCGACCGUUACAUUUUUUGUGUCGGCGUUAUGCGCUCUCUUACUUCCAUAUUAUGUUGUAGGAGAACUACAAAUAUUGUCAUGUAAGAAAGAAGACAUAGCACCAGGAGCCAUAUCGAUGGGAGAUAUAAAUGCCUCCGGCAAUACGAUAAAAGGCUCAAUAAUUGAAAUCAAAGAAGAAAUAAAUCCGAGUUUUAUUACGGUACACUUGCAAAUAAACGAUGAAGAUGGCGAUUCAGUGAUGGAACAAAAUAUCGAUUUUUGUAAUAUGAAUUCCGCGGAUAUGUUUAAACCUUAUUUCGAAUCGUUCAGUGAGCCGCAAUUUAAUAAAGGAAAUUGUCCAAUAAAUCCCGGUACUUAUAACUCGGAUGAUUUUCAAAUACAAGCUGAUGGAGGUGAAGGAAUUUUUACAGUUAUUCUCGAGGCAUUAGAAGGAUCAAAUUUGUUUCUCCGUGUAACUUGUGAGGCUAAACUCGAAUAGUACAGUGUAUAAUCAUCAUUUUUUUUUAAUGUUAGACAAAAUUGUCAUAAUAUAUAGCGGUGUUAAUUAUUCCAAAUGAAAGUUGAAAAAUUAAAUUUGAGGUAAAAUUGUUUUAUUACUUAUAAAAAAAGAGACGCAUAAUAACACUUUAAUUGUAUCUGUAUAGGGUGCUUCAUUUUAUUAUGUAAUUAUUUACUUAUUAUAUUAUAUUUUGUUGCAAGAUUAAUUUUUAAUUGUCUCAUUUAUCAUAUUUCUCAAGAUCCAAAUCCUGAUUCAUUCUUAUAUGCUUUGACAUAAGUUCUUUAUCCUAAAUGAAUCUUUUUUUUUUUUUUUUCCAAAUAAAUAAAUUGAUCAUUUAUUUGUUCGACAAACUUGCAUUUGGAAUUUAACUAAUCCAUGCCUCCUUUCUAUAUUUAUUUCUAUCAUUUACGAUCGUUUAACGACACGAUCAUUUAUUCGUAUCUAGUCUCUGUUUCACACAUUUCGAACAUUUCUUCAAAGCGUUGACUUUUAGAAAAAGAUAAAUAAUACGAUAGUAAAAAGUGAAGAUAUAAAAGAAGAACGGUCAGUUUACUGACGUUUUUCAAAGUCUUUGCUUGUUGAAUACUUUGUUUUUUUUCCUGGAAACUUGAUAACUUUGUUGGUAAUGUAUUCUUUUCUUUGCCAUUGUCAGAUUCCUCUGUGUAUGUAUGAAAAAAUCGUUUUAUUAUUAAUUAUAUUUUAAUGAAUGAAUUUUAUUAUUAAAAAAUUGUUUGUGAUUUUUAUAAUCAAUCUCGUUAAUAUAAUGUUAAAUCUUACGCAGAUUAUGAUAAUUUAAUUCACUUUGUUUUCUUGGUAUAAUUGGUUUCUGAGUAUUUCUCGAACGUAAGAUAUGAUUUUUAUUAUUGUCGAUAACUCCUUUUGUUUUCUGUGAUGCAUACAAUGACGUAACAAUAUUGACGUAACAAUAUUUUUGCAUAUAUGUGUAUAUUUCUUCACAACGAUCAUUGGCUUACCAAAGAAGAUCGAAAAAAAUCCGUACCACCACGUAAACGUACAGGCAAUUUUGCGCUAGAUAGACCUAUAAUAUAAUAUAAAUAUAUACAUUAAUUAAAAAGAAUAUCUCGAAAACGAGAUAGGAUAGAAUCUCACUAUCGGUCGAAUAUGCAGAUGAAUCUUCCUUCCUAAUUAUUUGAUUUUUCUUAGCUUUUUUCUUGAAUAACUUUUCUCCAGUUGAAUUUUUAUUCCAUCCAAGUUUAUUAUUUUUGAAUGGAGCCUCCUAAGGAUUCAUAAAAGAUUAAGUGACUUUUACACAUCGACGUAGAAUUUAUUAAAAAAGGAAGCGUUUCUUUUGUACUUUCGAUUUAUUUGUUAAAGUAAAAUUAUCAUCCGUGGAAUCUUCGUAUUCGGUAAUUUCUUGAACGUCGGCCAAUGGUAAACGUAAUUUGCCAAUAUUGUACUUUCGUGCAUUAAUCGAUCUAUUUCUCGUUGAUAUCUUUUCGUAAUGAUUAUUGCCUGAAAAAUUAAUGACAUUUUAUAAAAUUGAUGUUAUAUAAUCAUAAGUUUUUAUUGAAGAAAGAAAACAAAUUUAUAUAUAAUGUUUCGAUAAAUUCAUAAAUUUACAUUAACGAAGUGAUAUUCUACCUUCCUUUCUAUAAAUCUAUGCAGUUGCGUAACCUAUUUUCUAUUUUAAUAAGAGCAAGGAGAAUAGGAGAGAUGAAAUAUCUUGAAACGUGUAUAGGUAGAACAAUCUAUAGAAAUGUUCGAAAGCUUAAGCUGUGUGAAACUUUGCAAGAUUUAUUUUCAACGUAAAUAAAUAUUAUGUAGCCUAAUGAAUAUAUAUAAUAAGGUUACCGCAAAAAAUUAAUAAAAGUCUAUCACAUUUAAAUGCUUAUCUCUUGAAAUUAAGUUUUAGUUUAGUAUUUGUAAUUAAAUCUUACGUUUCAUUGGACUAAUAUUUGUACGAUGAUCGUGAUGAUGGAAUCGAUUCAAUGAACUUUACAUACAUGAGAGACUGAAAAGUGUGAGAGUUCACAGUCUACCAAAACUGUAUAUUUACUCUAUCCACAUGAAACCAAUUGUUAUGUAUGCGUAAGAGGGGAAUAACCAACACAAGUUUAUACAUCGAUACGAUAGACGCAUAGUGGGGAUAACUUCCCCGCUUCUAUUCGUAAUUCAUGCUUUCUCCAUACCUGUGUCGUUGAAGUCAAAACGCUUCGAACAAAAGGUAAUGCGCAUUUUUGCCUUAAUGCGCAUAAAUGCCAGGCAUCCUUAUAUGGAAAAUAUGUUUCUUCAAAAACUUCACUGUUACAAUGUUUAUAUCAAUGAAAUUCGAUUUUUCUUUUCUUUUUCUUUUUAUUAUCUUACGAUAUAAUUUCGUUCGAUUUAUUGAUUCAAUAGGUAAUGCAAUGAAGUAAGCGAUCAUUAAAAAUUGCGCGCUCAUAAUUAAGAUAACGGUAUCCACGUUUUUUUAUCAAUCAUUCUUUCAUCCAAAUUAUUUUUUCUCUUUUCCUUUUCUACAAAAAAAAAAAAAAAAAAAAAAAAAUAAAAAAAAAAGAAAAAGAUCGUAUUAUAAAAUGCAAGAGACAGCCGUGAUCUUUAAACCUAUUGAAUCGCGCGACCUCUAACCAUCACUAGUAACGACUAAAACUUCAUUGUAGAUUGAUGCGUUGUUGCAAUUGUUUUUCGAAAAAAAGUUCUUAUGCAAAUUUGUCACUUUUGAUCGGAAAGGUCGCUUAAGAGUGUAGCUUUAUAAACGUCUUUAACGUCCGGUUAUGAUGGAAAUUCGUAAUACAUUUAUCGUUAAAAACACGAAUAAUUUAGUACUCAUGUCAUCCGUCAGAUCGCUCUUUACACUUGGAGCAUAGAUUAAUCCAAACAUCAGCAUAAGAUAUGGAUAACGUGAUU